GAUGAGAGAGGAGAGAAGCUGCCCUGCCUUUCGUACAGCACCACGGCGCACUCACUCAUGAGUAAGAAUUAACGAUAGUGGCUUCGACUACAAGAAAUAAGAUAACUUUUUAAUUCUGUUAGGAUACUUGGUUUUUACAUGUGGCGCGUGACUGACAGGACGCGCGAGCAGCAAGCUGUCAACUACAUUUGGAGAUUUGGGAGGUUGGAACAGUAGUAGCCUAUCCCGGGGACAGCAGCCAAGUUGCAGGCAGAAUAGCGUGAUUCCGCCGAGGCUCGGACUACUGCACAGCACACCGGAGAGUCUCUUCGCUUCCACAAACAACGAUGAACGGGACAAACUAAGGUGUAGCAUCUCGAGUGUUGUGGCUCUGCUGUGAUAAAUGUCAGCCUGUCCUGAUAUUUGUAUGGGUCUUUCUUCUCAACCAAAGAUCUCCCUUGGCGGACUGAACAAACAAGUUGACUCUAACAGAGCUACACCUGUCCUCACUCUACUUGUGGUCUGACGGCACUCACCGACAUCAAAGCUCUUCGUUCUUCUUGCUGUCUCAUCCUUCUGCUUCUGUUAGAGUGGGGGAUGUCUGUUUUCUAACACCUCUCAGCCUGCUUAUCUACUAGAUCUGUACAACUGCGACCAACACUGGACAUGGAGGACUAUGAUGUUCGCUCGGCCGCCAGCAUCCUGGCCUCAGUGAAAGAGCAGGAGGCGCGCUUUGAGCAGCUGACCCGAGCCCUUGAGGAGGAGCGGCGCAACGUCACGCUGCAGCUAGAGCGCGCCAACCUGCCUCCCAACCCCCCUACCAGCCAACCGCUAGCAUGGCAGCAGGUGGUGAUGCAGGAGCAGAGCCCCAGCAACGCCACAACCCUGGCUAUGAUGCAGGAGCCGCAGGAGGUGGUGGAGGAGACGGUCACCAUAGAGGAGGACCCCGGCACCCCCACCUCCCACGUCUCUGUGGUCACCUCUGAUGACGGCACCACACGGCGCACAGAAACCAAGGAUAUCUCAUCUAACGUGAAGGUGACCAAAGUGGUCAAAACCAUCACCCGCCGCACCUAUCAUCCAGUGACUGACAACUUAUUAGAGUCCAGGCCUGCAACCCGGACCCCCACCCCGGUCUCCAUCUUGCCCCCCAGCACGUUGGAAACUGAACCAGUGACUAAGAUGGUGAAGACGGUGACCACACGGACGGUGCGCCAGGUGCCCCUGGGCCCCGAUGGCUUGCCCCUGCCCGAGGGCUCGUCUCCAUUAGGCAACUACACCGACUCUAUUGAUCGGCGCUACAUGAAGAAUGGAGGCUUCAUCACGCCUCAAGCAACCUCAACCCUGACGCGCUCCUACAACAACUCCUACAACGAUUCCUACGGCGAGACACCUGAGAGCCAGUACGUCCGCCACUACGGCCUGCAUGAUGGCUACGCCGAUUUGACAGACAACUACGGCAGCCUUUCACGCGGCGUCAACUUCCGGCCACCGCGCUACCCAUACCUGCCCAACAGUUACCGGCCGGAGAACAGCUACACGCUGCCUAUUCGUAAGGAUGACUACGGCCAUGUGGCCCAGCCCCAGGUGCCUAUGGGUAACAGCACUGUGGACCUGAACCGCUCGCAGCCCGAGCGCUUCCAGCCCGAGCCAUAUGGCCUGGAGGAUGAUCGCCGCAGCUUGGGCCCUGAAGAGGAGGAGCCGUACGAGCUGGAGCCCGACUACUCCACUGCAAACCGCCGCACCCUGCAGGGGGCCAACCGGGGUCGCACCCACCGCGAACCUCUUCGUGAUGUGCCCCGAGUCAGAGGGUACCCAGACGAAGCCAUCGAGGCAGAGCUGAUCGAUGAGCGCCACCCCUACAUCCAUGGCAUGUAUUCGGCACCGCUGGCCCAGCCCGAGAGGGGGAGCAUGGCCAGUCUGGACCGCAUGGGCGGCCGGCGCUCCCCGUCCAUCGACAGCAUCCGCAAAGACCCGCGCUGGCGUGACCCAGACCUCCCUGAGGUGAUCGCCAUGCUGGGCCACCCCAUUGACCCGGUCAAGUCCAACGCCGCCGCCUACCUGCAGCACCUGUGCUACGAAAAUGACAAGAUUAAGAAGGAUGUGCGUCAGCUGAAGGGGAUUCCUGUUCUGGUGGGGCUUCUGGACCACCCCAAAUCCGAAGUCCACCGCAAGGCAUGUGGCGCCCUGCGCAACAUCUCCUACGGCAAAGACAACGACAACAAGGUGGCCAUCAAGAACUGUGACGGCAUCCCGGCCCUCGUGCGCCUGCUGAGGAAGACCAAUGACAUGGAGGUCCGAGAGCUCAUCACCGGAACCUUGUGGAAUCUGUCGUCCUAUGAACCCCUGAAGAUGGUGAUCAUCAACCACGGCCUGCAGACCCUGACCAACGAGGUCAUCAUCCCUCACUCGGGGUGGGAGCACGAGCCCAACGAGGACUCAAAGCCCCGCGACGCCGAGUGGACCACCGUCUUUAAGAACACCUCCGGCUGUCUCAGAAAUGUGAGCUCAGACGGGGCAGAGGCUCGCCGCAGACUGAGGGAAUGCGAGGGAUUGGUGGACGCCCUGCUACACGCGCUCCAGUCAGCUGUAGGGAAGAAAGACAUGGACAAUAAGUCUGUGGAGAACUGUGUUUGUAUUAUGAGGAACCUGUCCUACCACGUCCACAAAGAGGUGCCAGGGGCCGAAAAGUUCCAGGACCCCUCAGCGCUUCAGGCCCCUGUCGCAGGACCACAGAGGAAGAAAAAGGACGACGCCGGCUGCUUCGGAGGAAAGAAAGCCAAAGAGGAAUGGUUUAAUCAAGGCAGGAAAAACGGUGACAACGACAAAAAUUACGACACAUUGGAUCUGCCCAAGCGCUCCGAGCCGUCAAAAGGGUAUAAUCUUUUACACCAGCCCGGAGUCGUGAGGCUCUACCUAUCUCUGCUGACUGAGAGCCAGAACUACAACACCCUGGAGGCCGCUGCCGGGGCUCUGCAAAACCUCAGCGCUGGACAGUGGACCUGGUCCAACUACAUCCGAGCCACGGUACGCAAGGAGAAAGGUCUUCCCAUCCUGGUGGAGCUGCUGCGCUCUGACUCGGACAAGGUGGUCCGAGCUGUGUCCAUCGCCCUGCGCAACCUGUCCAUCGACCGCCGCAACAAGGACCUGAUCGGAAGUUAUGCCAUGCGGGACCUGGUGAGCAACCUGCCCAGCGGUCAACAGCGGCCGGCCAAAAACCUGGAGGAGGACACUGUGGUGGCCAUCCUCAACACCAUCCACGAGAUAGUCACGGACAGCUCUGAAAACGCCCGCUCUCUCGCCCAGGCUCAGGCCAUUGAGAAGCUGGUCGCCAUCAACAGGACCAGGUGGGGGCUUAAAUUGCGUUUUAUUUCUUCAUUUAUUUCCCCCUUUUCCUUUGGGGCCCCCCUUCACCCAAAUACCUCCAAAAACCCAAGGGCGGCACCCCGUGCUGCGCCCGUCUGGAUUUAUAAGGAGGAAGGACCUUUGCCCAAAGGACGGCUGGAACAAAGCCACUUCUCUCAGCCCACAGUGACAGCCACCCCUAAAGCAACCAAGAACGGCAAGCCAGGCUACGACGACACCACCCUACCCCUGAUGGAGAAGAAUCAGGGACCCAGGAAAUGUGGCAGUGGUGAUAUGAUACCUAUGGAUGAGCUGGGUCCAGAUGGUUACUCCACCAUUGACCAGAAGGACAAGGACUGCAAAUACAAGACCGUGGACAGCUCAGUGGACCAGACAGAACGGGAGCCAUUAAAGGCUUAAAGUAACGACGUCCCAGCUAGAGGACGAUCCCUCAUGUCACCACUGCCAUUUCACAUGGAGCUCAUCUUUGGAGUUGGACUUUGUACAAAAAAGAGGAUUUAAAAAUAAAUAAAAAAUAAUGAUCACGACAGCAACUACCCAGCAGCAGCCAACGUUGUCAUGCUUUUCAGAAGAGAAAAAAUUGAAAAAAGAAUAAAAAGUGACUACUCCUGCUACUUUCUCAUAUCUACAUUCCCACUGGACAUCAUGUGAAUUUUACAGUGUUGACUCGUGUUGAACCGGUUUCCAGAAGCGGACGGAGGCCGGUGCUGGUGAAGGAAUGGACGCAUGGAGGGCAAGAAGAUGGGAGGAGGAGGAAGGUGAAAGAAAAAGGAACGUGUUGGAAGGAAACCUGUGGGAAAAGAAAUGCGAAAUGAAUGUUUUUCAUUUCCGCUUUCACAUCUGGAAGAAGUUCAUGCCUGAACUUUGUGGGUUUUAGAGAAUUUUGUUGCCAAGCUUUGGUAUUUGGAUGUGAACAGGUAUGGACUGGUGUGUUAGAGGGUCACGGAACGUCUGUUAUCAGAUGGGUGGGAUGGACACAAGAAAGGAAAAGGAAAAAGAGAGAAAGCGAGACAAGGAGAGCUGUAGCAUAGUGGAUAAACAUGGACACUCAGCAGUCUGCUCUCAUAGACUUGUAUUUGGUUCACUGUGUUUCUUUAGAGAAAAAAAUGCACUGAGAUGCUUUGAAAUCAAAAGUGGUAAACAGGUAAUUGAUACUGAAGUGAGGCGUCUGCAAGUUGUGGUCGGGAGAAGAGAAAGUGACAGAGUGUGUCCAUCAGGUGGAGGAACAGUUAAUGUUCACACUGCAUCGCAGAAGAAAGCUGAAAUAGAAACAACUUUCUGUUUCAUCGUGGUCAACAUGUUGACCCUCACUCAGAGCUGUGGUUACCAGGGUAACCACUCAGGUUGUGUAGCGACGCGGUUUCACGAGUUUCCUGGCUGGUUGCUCUUGUCAGUGAUGUGUAUUAAAGAGGAUAUAAGGCAUUUUGUGUAUAAAUGAGGUGUUUUUUUGAAAAGAGAGGAACAAGAUUGUUCUCUUGUUGAAAGGAUAGAUCUAAGUCAGCGCGGGGGGGGGGGGGGGGUUUAUAUAAAUGUAUAUUGGGGUCAAAAAGAAAAAAAAAGGUAAAAUGAAGGAGAAAAAAAAAAUCUUACCGACUUCUUAGUUGCAUAUUAAUAUCACAUUGUUUGGAAAGCACAUUUCAUUUGAUAAAGGAUCACCGUGUUUGGAAACAAGAAAUAACCACAUCACUUGUGUCACAUGUUGUCGAGUUACGCGGCGAUCACCUAUUUAUAUUUUGUAUUUGUCACAAAAAAAAAGUUACAGAAACAAAGUUUACCUGCAGUGUUCUUUCUAAAGGGGGUGACGUGCAUGGUGUCUGACGGGCCCCGACACUCUGGAGGGGUCAAAGGUCAGCGAUAGACGAGAGACGGCAGUGUUAGUAAGAGGUCCUUCGUUUCUUUCUUCUGGAUGCAUUCAGAACCAAGUCACCGCCAAACCCUGACCCCUCCUUCUCCGGGUGCGUUUUAAAGAGAAAUAUUCACUCGAGAGCAUGAAGAAAAACUGUACAAAUGUUUAUAUUCUAUUCUUUCCAAGUGCCAGUUUUUGUGGUGUCAUUUGGAUAUUAACUAAUUCAUUCAUGUGCAAGAUGAGAGUACAGGAGGGACGAAUGGAUGUGGAUGUACAAGGCAAAAAUAAUCAAAUUGCACACUGUACAAAACAAAAACAUCAUGUUUGGUCAUAUAGUAUAUAUUUUUACAACGCUUUAGGGAGGGGGGGAGUUGAGAUAAAGAAAAGCUGGUGGAGAUACAGAGUCGUAUUACUACUUUCUCUCGCUUGGUGAGACUGCACACUCAACCCAGUGAGAAGGUGUACGGUGUCCUUCUCCAGCCCCAGUCGGUCCGGGGGACAGAACCAGAACCAGAAUCAGUCCACGUUGGUGUCACUCAUGCGUCAUCAAGGCGAACGGCAUGUGCCUGCAUUGAAGUCUGAGUUUUCUUUGUGGCGUAUGUGACUUUAUAAAGCUUGCAUAUUUUACACAGUGUUUACAAAGAUGUAUGUUGUGGUAAAAAUCAAUAAACUACACAAAAAAAAAACUUACUGUUUUAAAAUUUUAAUUUUCAGAAGUAAAAAAAAAAAAAAAAUGAACAAUACCCAGAAUCCCUUUUGUGUGUCCUCAGAAGUGUGUGCUUUCAUUGGACAAUACUGAACCCUUGCAACAGAGACCCAUACGCCUGUCUAUUCCUGACUGCACACGGCAGUACCACAACCAAAGGAUCUGGAGGUGUAUUUACAUGCAUUUUAAGGGGGGGGGGGGAUGGUUGUGGAUGUACAGCGUGUUGUACAUUUACAAAAGAAAGAGCCAAGCAAACUGUGCUUUAAAAGACAUGCAGGACACGGACAUGCAUCGAAUCAAACAAACCUACCUGUGUAGAUAUAACUGAUUCAAGACCGUCAAAAUAAAGUACCUGUACUACUCAGUAGCAGAUGUGUUUGUACCUAUCAUGUGCCUUAACCUUUUCCAUGGUAGAUAGAGAUAAGUGUGUUUUAUAUAACUUUAUUCCUUCCUCUCAACUGGCAUCUCUUCAUUCUGUCUGUCCACCUCUCCCCCUCCACCUCCUGUGUCCCCCCUCCUUCUCUUUUUCCUCCACUCAACUCACUCAUUCAUUCAUUCAUUCAUCCUGCACUCCCCCCCCUAAUUCCCCCACCCCCACCCCUCACCCACCCAACCCUGAGUAGUAUAGACUGUUGGUGGGUUUCUGCCUUGUAUUCCAUUGUAUUAUAACCUUUUAAAAAGAUAGUCAUUCAAUAAGGGUUUUAAUUUUCCUAGAGGAGUAAAGUUGUUCAUGCUUUCGUAGCGAGCAGAAGCGAUGCCACAGUGACAGAAUGUAUCAUGUUAAUUUUACUAAUACCCAGAGGCAAAUAUUACGCUUGUUAAACAUAACGGAAAAAUACUGGUUUGUAGAGUAUAAAUUUGGUGUGUUUUCAAUAAAUCAUGCCUGGAAAGAA